GCCCCCAACCCUGACUCGGGAUGGGGCUGCGCGACGCUGAUAGCCUGUCCAGCCCUGCACUGCCUCUGCCGGCUUCGGAGUCCGCCCGCUGAAGGAGCUCAGCGCGCCGGAAGCGUCUGUCUUUGGGUCCGCGCGGGAGGAGGCUUAAAGUCGCGAUCGCCCCAGCGGGCCGACAUUGCCAGCUUCAGAAAUGAGUUGCACAAUCGAGAAGGCCCUGGCUGACGCGAAGGCACUGGUAGAGAGGCUGCGGGAUCACGAUGAUGCGGCCGAGUCUCUGAUUGAGCAAACCACAGCCCUCAACAAGCGUGUGGAGGCCAUGAAGCAGUAUCAGGAAGAAAUUCAAGAACUUAAUGAAGUUGCAAGACACCGGCCGCGGUCCACAUUAGUGAUGGGAAUCCAGCAAGAAAACAAGCAGAUCAGAGAACUACAACAAGAAAACAAAGAAUUACGAACAUCCCUAGAAGAACACCAGUCUGCCUUGGAACUUAUAAUGAGCAAAUAUCGAGAGCAAAUGUUUAGAUUGCUAAUGGCUAGCAAAAAAGAUGAUCCGGGUAUAAUAAUGAAGCUUAAAGAGCAGCACUCAAAGAUUGACAUGGUACACCGUAAGCAGUCUGCAGGAGUCAUCCUUGAUGCAUCUCAGCACAUCCUUGAAGCACCUCAACACGGACUGGAGAGGAGGCGCUUGGAAGCCGAUCAGAAUGAACUACAGGCACAUGUGGACCAGAUAACUGAAAUGGCAGCUGUGAUGAGGAAAGCCAUUGAAAUUGACGAGCAACAGGGCUGCAAAGAGCAGGAACGGAUAUUUCAGCUGGAACAAGAAAACAAAGGUUUGAGAGAGAUCCUGCAGAUAACUCGAGAAUCCUUCUUGAACCUUCGGAAAGAUGACCUGUCAGAAAGCACAUCCCUGUCAGCACUCGUGACCACUAGUGACCUGAGUCUGAGGAAGAGCUGAAGUUUUCUUCGAAGGCCCCAAUGUGCUCUGAGGCUGAGCCCCCAGAAAGCAGGGAUGAACAGGACGCAGAAUUCCAAGCCACGAUUUGUUUUUCCCCCCUCCCACCCCCAAUGAACUGGCAAUGACAGUUCUUAAGAGAUAGCAGCAACCAAAACAUGCAUAGUUGACAGUUACAGUUAUUCCAAAAUGUACUGAAAAGUAGGAACUAAACCUUUGUUCCCUGAUGAACCAAGUCAAGGUUUCUGCAGUGACAGCUAAACAUAUCAGGAACCUUCCGCAGCACUGUGGGCUUCCUGGGGGAGAUUUGGAUCAAUAUGUACACUCCCAUUAAUGUCUGAGAGCUCAUGAAACUGUCACUGUUUACAGUACAUAGCUUGUCACGCAUGGUUUUGUGAGUGGAAGACCCUCAUGUCAGAAUUACCAAAUCUUUUGUGUACCAGGAGAUUCAGCUUUAAUAAUUGCCUGUCUACCUUCCCGUUAAUUUAAAUGUUUAUCAAAGAAAAUUCAGUUUUAAAGAUGGUAGGAAUGUUCUAUAUGUACCAAAAAAGAGGUGAUUUAAUUUUAGCUAAUUUACCAUAAUUCUCAGUUAAUAGUUGUCCACAACUUGCUCAAGUAUGUGAAAUAUUUCAGGAAUGAAAAAGAAGGAAUACUACUUUCUACGAAAGAUCU